AUGGUUGACAUAAUUACAACUGCCUUACUUGGCUUACUUGCCAUCCUGCUUGGAAGACGACUUACUUCUUGGGCUUUUAUCAAUAUCAAACGUCGUCAUCAUGGUUGCAAAUCACCACCCCGCUAUCCACACAAAGACCCAAUUCUCGGUCUUGAUUAUGUUCUGGCAGAACUCAAAGAGCGCGAAGAGGGGACUUCCUGGGCCGGCCAGCGUAACCGUUUCGCUCGUCUAGGACGCACCUACGAGGUCAAUUCAUGGGGAAACAGGCUCAUUAUGACGAUGGAUCCGCAAAAUAUCCGCGAAGUUCUGGGUACCUCUUUCGACAAGUUUGGUGUUCAGGAGAUGCGUUUGGCUGUCUCGGGCACAUUCAUGGGUCCUGGAGUGUUCACAACGGAUGGGGAGUAUUGGGAGUACUCGAGGAAACUGAUUGCACCCAUGUUCUCGCGAUCACAGGUUUCUGAUCUAAGUGCGCUAGAUAUUCAUCUUGAUAGAAUGCUUGAGCGGCUUCCGCGAGAUGGCUCGACGGUGGAACUCCAGGGUCUACUUAAACUGAUGUAUCUUGACCACUCGACAGAACUGAUAUUCGGCAAGUCAACAGAAACCCUCCUCAAGAAGACACCAGAUGACUCUGCACAUGAACUUCUCGACACUUUUGCGGCAGUCUUGAAGCGUACUGGUCUUCGCAUCAUUCUUGGCCGUUUAUGGAUCUUUACUGCCUGGGAUACUACAUUCCAAAAGCUUUCGGCCAAUGUCCGCGCCAUAGUUAUGAAGUACAUUGACGAGGCUAUACAAAGACAGCGGCAAGAUGGCAAGUCGAAUAACAGCAACAGAUACAUCAUCGUCGAUGAGCUGGUCAAGCAGCUCGAUGAUCGCGAGGAAAUAUGUAACCAUCUCAUGAACAUCUUUCUACCUGUUCGUGAUGCAGCGGCUACUGGCCUCAGCGGAUGCUUGUUUCAUCUUGCAAGGAACCCGAGUGCAUGGGACAGAUUGAGGAAUGAAGUACUCGCAAUUGAAGGUCCCGUGACGCGCGAUAUUCUUCGAUCCAUGCCUUAUAUGCGGGCAGUCCUAAACGAGAGUCUCCGGCUCCAUGCACCUGCUGCCGGCAAUCGACGCCGCUGCACCCAAGACUGCAUUCUCCCAACUGGCGGCGGUCCAGAUGGUACAUCCCCAAUCUUCAUUGCCAAAGGAGACAACAUAAACGCCAACUUUAGCGCACUACACUACGACAAGCAGAUCUGGGGCGAAGACGCCGACGACUUCCGACCCGAGCGAUGGCUAGACGAAGAUGGACACGUCAAAACGCAAGGUGGAUGGACAUAUCUGCCCUUCUCUGCGGGACGCCGUGUCUGCCCGGGUAUGGAUAUCACGUUGACGGAGAACGCGUAUGUUCUUGUACGUUUGAUGUGGGAGUUUGAGAGGCUGGAGAAUCGGGAUCCGGUGAGAGAGUUUGUUGAGCGGACUAGACUUACCACAGAGAGUCGGAAUGGGGUUUUGGUUGGUUUGAUUAGCGCGCAUAAUUGA